AUUGCAAAACUUGGAGUAGCGACGAAGAAGAGUGACUAGGGACUUUGAGUUAAGAAAAGCUAGAAAGAACACACAAAAAUUAACCAACAUGGAGUGUCUAAUUGGAAUUCAAGGAAAAGAUUUUGUACUCUUAGCAACCGAUACUAUUUCAGCACGCAGUGUCGUUGCGAUGAAGGAUGGUAAGCAAUCGGCUAGCCUAGCCUAGCUGCUACUCUGCUAGCUGGAUGAUACUAAUUAAUACUAAUACUAAUAGUCUUUAAUAGUAAUACAAAACUAGGUACUUUAAUGAAAAAAUUCAAAAUAAUUUUUUAGAUAUUACAUUUAUUUAGAGCAAAUUUCAAAUAAAAAAAUGAAACCAGAAUCAACUUUUUAGCUUAAGUACUUUUUGAGCUAUGAAUUUUUUAAGUGUGAGUUCGUUUGGUAUUUUUUUUUUACUAUUGACGAAACCUCCACAUCUUGUGACUUGUGACCUCAUUCCGCUGAUCACGUCAUGCACAAUGACUAUGUAGUUUGUAUAAGGCAACGCAUCCCCUUAUCACUAAAAUACUGUUUAGGAUCGAUUUAUUUUAAACUUUCAACUUUGGCACAUGAAUAAUUUAGGUACUACACUAAAAAUUUCAAAGUUGUUAUAUAUUAAUGAAACUUAUAUCAUUAGAAAGGACUCAGUAUUUCCUUUCCAUUGAUACCUAUUUUAUCUUUCUAUCUUAAGUAGAACAAAAGUUAUCGCAUUUUUAGUGUCAGAAUUUUUCCUUAUAUAGCCUUAGUAAAUAUUUUCCAAAAUUCUGUGACCGAAAAAAGACAUCUUUGACACUCAAAAUGCGAUAACUUUUUAUUCAGCAAAGUUAAAGCUUUGAAACUUGCAACGCAUUUCAAUUAAGUUUUUGGCUUUAAUAAUAAAUCAUUGUUAUGCAAAUAAUACAAUAAACAUAUUAAUGUGUGCGAUUUGACGAACAGAGGGUACGUAAAUUUCAUUAAAAACAUAGCGCCUGUUCUCAAUACUCAAAAUGCCAUAACUUUUUUAUCUGUAAAGUUAAAGUCUUCAUAUUUUCAGCAUAAUUUAAGUAGGUAUUGGGCUUUUAUAAUAAGCCACUUUCUUAUUAAUAUUUAGACUAAUGUAUUAAUGCCCUGGAUUUGAACAACAGAGGGUAAGUAAAUUUCAUUAAAAAUGUAUCGCCUGCUCCCAAUACUCAAAAUGCCAUAACUUUUUUAUCUGUAAAGUUAAAGUCUUCAUAUUUUCAGCAUAAUUUAAGUAGGUAUUGGGCUUUUAUAAUAAGCCACUUUCUUAUUAAUAUUUAGACUAAUGUAUUAAUGCCCUGGAUUUGAACAACAGAGGGUAAGUAAAUUUCAUUAAAAAUGUAGCGCCUGUUCUCAAUACUCAAAAUGCCAUAACUAUUUUCUCUGUAAAGUUAAAGCCUUCAAAUUGUCAGAAUAUUUUAAGUAGGUAUUGGGCUUGUAUAAUUAGGCAUUUUCAUAUUAAUAUUUUGACUAAUGUAUUAAUGCGCGGGAUUUGAACAACAGCAGGUAAGUAAAUUUCAUUACAGAUGGAGCGCCCGUUCUCAAUACUCAAAAUGGCUUAACUAUUUUACCUGCAAAGUUAAAGCCUUCAAAUUUUCAGCAUAGUUUCAUUAGGCAUUGGGCUUUUAUAAUAAGCCAUUUAAAUAUUAAUAUAUCAAUAAAUGAAUUAAAUCAGUGGCAUUUGAGCAACAGAGAGUGAGUAGAUUUAAUUCUAAAAUUUAGCCUGUUUGUGCAUUAAAAAUACAAAUUGCAUAAAUGUUACCAAUUCCACCUAUUGUGUUAAUGCACACAAUCAUCUAGUAAAUUAAUAUUAAUUCUGUGAAUAAUUCCACAGAAAAGAUUUAUAAAAUAAUGUAUUAUAAUGGAUAAAUAGCAUUGAAAAAAUGCUGAUCACAUAUAUCAAAAUCCAAUCAUCCAUGAUCCAAUCCAUGAAAUUGAUAUCCAAGUAGCCAUGCUAUUUGAAAUCCACAGUACAAAUGAUGAUCACUUAAUAUUAUUUUAGUACUUCUAUUGUCUAUAGUUCAUUGAAAGGCUGAAUAAAAGAGAUAUAUUUUCUUUCAUAGAAAGAUGAUGGUCACAAGUUAUGUGUUGGCCGAGUCCAAUUUGUAACAGUUAUUGGUAAUGAUUCAGUUUAUGACACAGAUGAAUGGAGUCCCGAGUGUAGAUACCAUUGGUAAUGAAUGGUUUUCCGCAAUGGUUUACUUUAUGUCAAUAUUGUUGCUUCCACCCAUCAUGAUGAUAAAUAGGAGUCCUGAGUGUAUAAAUUGCCAUAUAAAUGCGGUAGUUGGUGAAAAAUAUCAAUAGCUGUUAAGAUAAUGCUCUGGUGGAUUGUCCAGUUGGACAUGCAGUCACAACUGAUAGGUUUUUGUUAAAACAGGAAAGACUGGUACAACAAUUUAAGUGAAAUUGUACGUGCAGACACAUUUUGGUAUUAGAAACCAAUAUUCCAAAGACGUAUCUAGAGAUGUUUUGCUGAAGCAACACUUGGCACAGCUGGGAAGUCAAUACCUCUAAGCAGAAGAAGCAUUAUUUCCGCUUCAUCGCAACACAAACUCCUUGUAAUUCAAUGUGGUCUAGUAGUCCAGACAAACUGAAAUAGAGAUUGAAAAUCGAUUUAAUUAAACACAAAAUAAGCAAUUUAACAUAAGGUACCUUAUUUAAUAUAUAUAUGUCUUUAAUUUAAGAUUGUGUAAUUCAGUAGUUUAAUAAUGUUGUAAUUAAAUUAUUCAUUAAUUAAGACAAUGGUUAUUUUACUUAUGCUGUAUAUCCAGUAUGUAUAGAUAUUAUACUGUGAUGUUCUAACAUUACUUUUAUUCAGAUUAAGUCAAGUAGUUUGUAUUUCAUAUCCAUUAAGUCAUUAAGGAGCUUUAACAGAUAUAAAUUUACUUAUGUAAAAAAGUCUGGUAGUCUUGAUGGGUCCUUAAGACAGCUCGUCUAUCAAUUGGCUGCAAUGGCUGAAAAAGGCUGUGUAUUUAAAAGAAAGAAAAUGCUGAGGAAUUUAAGAAAUUUUAACACAUUUUUCAUAUACAAAGUAAAGAUUGGGCUAAGUCUGAAAAGUCAAAUAUAAUAGCUUUGAGCUAAAGCGGUAGAGUUUAGAGGCAAGAAAGGAAUGUACAUUUUAAAAAAAAAUAGGGUAUACAAAAGGAAAAAAAAGAGAGAUAGGUUAUUUAGAAUACAAAGGUAAAUAAAAUAAUGAAAUUUAAUCGAAAUAGGUGAUGACAUUUAGUAUUUAGUUUAGUAGCUGCUGAGCCUAUUACUACAACAACUAUUCAUUGUUUACCGUAUCUAAUCUGGGUUUAAGAUAAAUUAUAUCAGUAAGGGCAUUAUUUAAUUUCCAAUUAUAUAAUUCACUGUUGUGAAGUUUGAUAAUUAUUACAAUUACAACAUAUAUUUAAAUAAUUCAAGUUGAAGGUCAGGAGCUAUUGCUCAAAUUUACGCCCGAACGCCCUGUUUAUACAAUUUACGGCCUAUCUAAAUGUCAAUAUGUUUCUUGUUUCAAUUAGUUAAAUCACUUUAACAUUCAAUACAAAAGGAAUUAAUUGCAAUACGAUAAUGGUUUCCGAAAUAUAGCGCUAGCAAAAUUACCUGUUUUCCCAACGAAAGAUAUCUGCCACAAGCCCUGUCAGUCCGGUGAAAAAGUUUAUUUUGUAAUGAUCGUCCUCCUCGUGGGCACAAAAUAGACUAUAGGAAGUUCAUUGUCUCUCCCUUACAUAGACAAAGAAACGAAAUCUAAACAUGACCCUGUGACCUACCGGCAUUGACCGGUCGCCGGUUAAUGGUCUGUUUCUCGCAUCCGAAAAAUCGACCGGCGCGCGCAGCUUAGUGAAGUGCCUAAAUAAUUAAUUAAAGCUUUCCCUGACCAAUGGUUUAAUAGUCAUAGAUUUUGCACACGGCAAACUCUUAUGAAUGAAACUCUGAUAUAGUACUAUGAUAUAGCCACUAUGCAAGUGGCUGUGAAUGGUUGCCUAUGACAAUGUGUUGCACAUGGAAAAUUCUGAUCAUUUAUAAUAUGGACUCUACAGGGUUUUUGAAGCUAAAACUAAAACAUUCCAUUUUAAAUGUCUUGGAAAUGCAUUCUGAAACACAAGUUAUCAAAUAUUUUGAUAUAUAUAAAAAAUAAUGGUAAUAAUUAAAUCUUUCCUAAGUAUCAGCAACUUCUGCCAUUAAAAAUUAGGCUGAGCGAUGUUGUGGUGAUAUGGGUCAUGGGGACAAGCGUAGCGAACGUCGGACUCGACCUACAUCAAUGAGAAUUGGCACACGUAUACUUCAAUAUCUAAUGCUUUUUACGGUUUAAUAUGAAAGACCUGUUCUUUUUAUUUCACAAAAAAUUUUGUAUGCGAAGAUGCCUCAUAUAUACCAAAGAUUUUCAAAAUAAAGGUCGAUUGAAAAAGCAAAAUAGCUGGAUGGAAAUGUAGGCCAAGAUGUCUUCCAAAGUGAAAAGGUGGAAGCGGAACACAAUUAUAUGUCAAAAGGACUCAUUUAUUAAUGAAUUGACACUCACUUUAAAAAAUUAAAAAGUUGGAUUUUACUGCGCCGACGCCCAUUUCCGAUACAAAUUUUGAAUUAGUCUCCCUUGUUUUACCGAAGUAUCUACUAAUGAUACUCUAUUCUAUACUAAAUAAUUAUUAAACUGUAAACUACUACUAAAAAAUAGACUUCUGCCAGGGUUUAGAAUAACUAAAAGAAUAGUUAAGAUUUAGUAGUAGUAGACUAUAAUUUAUAAUAGGGGUGUGCCGGACCCCGGUCCGGAAUCCGGUUCCGCCGGAUUUUGCACUAUCCGGUGAAAUCCGGUUCCGCCGGAUUUACAUGUAUCCGGAACAACCGGAUUCCGGAAUCCGGAAUAUACCGGAUUUUGGAAUUUGCCAGAUUUUGUGACUCACCGGAUCAUAAUCUGAAAUAAAAGUAAUUCUCUUUCCCGAAUUCCACACGAUCACAAUACAUUAAUCGAUUGUUUCGAGCGUUGAGCUUGUUUAAUGUUUAAUAUUCCGUACAUACCAGAGGCUAGAGUCAGCACCGCUAAUAGUGGCCAAUAGUGUAGGGACUUUGAUAAGAAAAUUUAAACUUUUUGUAAAAAUAAACCAAUGGCAUAGUUGAAAAGAUGUAAUUUUUUAAAGAAUUAUAACACCAAAAUCAUAUUUUUAGCUGUUGUAGUUUUAAAGUUAUGAAUUUUUAAAGUACGACUUGGUUUUUCAUUUUUUAACAUGGACUGCAUCUCCACAUUCUGUGAUCUCAUUCCGCCAAUCCCGUCAUGCGCAAUGACUAUAUAGUUUAUAUAAGGCAACGCAUUCCCUGCCUUAUCACUAAAAUACUGUUUAGACUUAGUUUAAACUUUCAACUUUGGCACAUGAAUAAUUAAUUAAAGCUUUCCCUGACCAAUGGUUUAAUAGUUUUUGCACACGGCAAACUCUUAUGAAUGAAACUCUGAGGUAGUACUACGAUACAGUUAUGCAAGUGGCUGUGAAUGGUUGCCAAUGACAACGUGUUGCACACGGUAAAUUCUGAUCAUUUAUAAUAUGGAUUCUACCGGGUUGUUAAAGCUCAAAUUAAAACAUUCCAGUUUAAAUGUCUUUAAAUGCAUUCUGAAACACAAGUUAUCAAUUAUUUUGAUGUAAAUAGUGAUAAUAAAUUAAUAUUUCCUAAGUAUCGUCAACUUCCGCCAUUAAAAAGGGGGGCGUGGCCAACCCCAUGGCGAAAUUAGGUUGAGCGAGCUGCAUAACCUGCUGCGAACGCGUAGAAACAUGGCGUCUCUCGUAAGACACUUAUCCAAAUGGAACGGAACUCAAAUAUAUAUCGAAAGUACUAAUUUAAUAAUAAAUAGACACACACAUCGGAAAAUUAAAAACUCGGAUUUUUUGGCGCCGAUUGCGAAUUCCCAUACACAAAAAGUAGUAGUCCACCUUGACUUACCGAAGUAUCUACCAAUAGUACCAAAAUCCGGGAGAAACCGGAAUCCGGAUUAUUCCGGAUUAUUCCGGAAUCCGGAUUCGAAUCCGGAUCCGGCGGAUUUCACAUAAGAAAAUCCGGAUCCGGAUGGAAAAAACGGAUCCGGCACACCCCUAAUUUAUAAUACUCUACAGUCUACAGUGUAGUCUACAGUCCAGUUUCUAAUACUAAUACUUAUUUCAAAUUUUAAAAAAUGAAACCAGAAUCAACUUUUAGAUUUUUGAGCUAUGAAUUUUUAAGUUAAAAAUAGUGUGAGUUCGUUUGGCAUUUUCUACUAUGACUAUGGACGAAACUUCCGUAUUUUAUGACCUCAUUCCUCAGACUCAGUGCACAAUCAUUCACAAUGACUAUUAUAUAGACUAUUUUUUUAUAUAAAAUAUGAGUCAACACAUUCCCAUAUUACUAAAAUACUAUUUAGGGUAGGUACCUCACUAAAGCAAGGGAGACUACUAAAAAAUGAGCGUUUGCGCAGAAGAAUCUGUGCUUUUCCAUUAAUAAAAGGACUUUGUCAUAAAAUUGUAGUAUCCUUCCACAUGUUCAUGAUAAGGGACAUCUUGUCCUACAUUCCAACAUACCGGAACUGCUUUUUUUAUCAACCUUAGCCAUGAGUAAGAAUUAUGAAGUCAGGAAUUAAAAAAAAAAAAUGAGUAGCAAGUCUUAAUUAAACUUUAGUUCUUAACUUUCCCUAUUUAUUUUAUCAAUUUUUAAUUCUUUUUUCCAUAUUACAGAUUUCCAAAUUUCCUUUUAGUUUUAGAAAGAUCUUGAAACCAUUCACAUUUUUAAAAAAAAUAUUAUUUUACACUCAGGCUUAGUUUUGUAUAUUGUUAGCAGCUAUGAAGUAUCAUAUUGGCAUUAAUGUAAAAAUGUCCAGGUAAAUACAUACAUGAAUAAAAAUAGUACACAAGAAGUGAAAAGAACUCUAAUUAGACAAUUCUACCAGUGCACUGUGAUUAUUCAUAUGAACCUUUAUGGGCAAAUUGCAGGAUAAUUGGGGGAAAAAGGUCAGAAAUGAUAAAACUAUGAUGCUACUAGUUAACUAGUACAAUAUUCUUGUACGUUACUUUUAGGCCUACUUUUUUUAUGUGAUUAUUUUCUCACAAUUGACAAGGAACUUUAAAAAAAUGUAUAACAUUUAGUUGAGCUAAAAUUACUUGUUUCCGAUUAAGUGAAAUCCAUUGUACAUAGACACAUUUUUUUCUUACUACUAUCAGUGUAAAAAAGAUAAUUCUUUGAUAUCUGUAUUUUUAAAAAAUUUUCUUAGAUCAUGACAAAAUGUACAAGUUGAGUGAUAAACUUUUGAUGGCUGUUUGUGGAGAAGCUGGUGACAAUAUACAGUUUUCAGAGUACAUUGCAAAGAAUGUGCAGCUUUAUAAAAUGAAGAAUGGUAAUAUUAAGUUUUUCAUGCAUUUUUGAAACCAAUGCUUUUACUUUUGAGGAGCAAAAAGUCAUAGUAGUAAUUUUGUUUUUGAAUAACUAUUUAAUGUCAAUUUCAGUUUGACAUCGUGUCAUUUGAAAAUUAUAAGACAUCCAACUUAAUCUAAGCAUAUUUAAAUAAUGUUAGAUGACUAUAUUGAAAUAAUAACUGAGCAAACAUCUACUUCAUUAUGUUAAAAUUAUAAAUAAAGCUCUUCUUGGUAGUAUAUUAUCUUAUAUACAUUGACUUUCUACAUUGUAAGGUAUAGUAUUGGAUUUAAAGUUGAGUAAGGAAGAUUUUCAAUACACUUGUGGAUGAUUUUGACUCAAAUAUAUUAUUUUACAGGUUAUGAACUUUCAGCACAUGCAGCCGCUAAUUUUACACGCAGAAACAUGGCAGAAAGUUUGCGGUCUUCAGUAAGUUGUGUACCUUUUUAAAAUUAUUACUUUAAUUAGAUUUAAUCAUGAGUUGUUCUUUAUUGAAUUGAAUAGAGUUAAUCAUUUGUUGAAAUUUGCUAAAUGAAUAAGCUGUGGUGGAUCCAGACAGAAUGUAAAUGUUGUGCAAAAUGAUAUGGUAGCACAAAUGGGGAUUGACAUAAAAAAUGGGAGCCUAUAACAUAGCAUUCACCUCCGACUAUAAAUAAUCAUUUUAAAAAAAAUAAAAUAAUGGACAAUGUAACAGCUCCAUAUUUUUUCGUUAUUUAUGAUUUUUGGGGCAUGCGCAGGGAGACAGGAAGGAAGAAGUGGAUAGAUUGAAUGGAGAAGGGUUUUGCACUUGCAAUGUUAUGUAUUCAGGAUUUUCUUAGAAUAUAUCGAGGCGGCUAUCUUUGAUCUGUUCUUAAUAAGAGAAUGAAGUUAUAUUUAUAUGAUGCCAUACCAGUUAUUUUGUUCCAGUUUAUACACAUAUAUUGGACACAUAUAUAUUAUGAAUUCUUACCCUUCAAUACAAUUAAAGUAAUGAAAUGAAAAGAUGCUCUGCAUUGUCUCAUGGUGAUUUCAUAACAUUUCAUUCAUUUAAUUGUUAGUAAGGAUCAGACUGUAAUUAAGUGACAAAUAACGCUUGUUACACAGACAUGUUACAGACAAAAUAACAGUAUUAGCCAUUUACUUUUUAUGGUUAAUGAGUAAAGAGUAGGAAUUCAAAUGUUCUUCAACAAAAUUAUUGCAGGGUUUAUAGUGGUAAUUUUGUGUUUUGAUCUCUGUUUACUUUUUUUACAGUUAAGUGCUCUUUGUUGACUUACCUGUUUUCUUACUUGAAUUUUUAUGUACCACCUUAAACAGAGAAGUCAUUUGGUCAACCUUUUGAUAGCUGGAUAUGAUAAUGAACAAGGUGCAUCUCUCUACUUCCUUGAUUACCUAGCAUCUCUCAACAAAAUGCCUUUUGCAAUUCAUGGUUAUGGUAGUCUCUUUGCACUUAGUAUCAUGGACAAAUACUAUCAGAAAGGUAAAUUCAGGAAAAUUUAAAUUUCUUUCAACAAUUAUCUUUGGUUUCUGAAGUUUGUUUUAAUUAAAAGUGUUUUAAAAUGGUACCGGUACUGGUACCCUAAAAAAUUUGCUCCUAAAAUUAUAUUAGUAUUUCAAUAUUUUCAAAAUUGCAUUUGUAGUUUUUCUCUCCGUUUAAAUGGAAAUGGAAAUAAUUUUUAAAACUAUUUCUAUAGUACCUUUAUCCAAAAGCAUUUUGCAAUUAGAAUUCAAGACCUUAAUUAUGCUUUCUUUUAAAUUUCAGACCUUGACCUGGCUGGAGCCAAAGAUCUCUUGAUGAAAUGUAUAACAGAGGUAUAUGUUAUAAAUUAUAAAAAAAUGAAUUUUUUUGUUUUAUCUUAGACAACCUUAAAAAAAAAAUUCUGGAAAAACAUUGCAAAACAAAAAGGGGUUUUGGAUUUGAAUAGUCUUUAAAUGCAGUUUUACUUUCAAUAGUCAAUAUUACUCUCUCUCCAUUAAUGAAACAUCUUCUGAUGAAAACAUUCACAUUUACUAAUUCAGUUGGAUACAUUGCAGUACUAUGCAUUCCUCUAAUUUACAGUAAACAGAUAAAAACAUCGUUAAAGCUCUGUUAUUUUUCAAAGCUACUUUUCAGGGUCUUAACAUAUUUUUAAAAAUCUAAUUCCAAGUAUUUAAUAUCAAAUCCUGGCAGAAAAAAAAGAAACUACUUACUUAUUUGUACUAAAAAAUUCUGAUGGUUUUACAUAUUUUUAUGUGGCAUUGUUAUUCAAAUGUUGCCACUAAAACAGCAUUUGCCACUAUGUUUUUACUAUUCUCAGAUUUACAUGACAGUAUUUUAGUAAUCUAUUAACUUUAAUUUUAUUGAUUUAUUUGUUUCAAAGAAAUUGAAAAAAAAAAACAUCUAUUCAUUUCAGAUUCAAAAGAGAUUUAUUGUCAACCUUGGAAAGUUCCGUCUUCGUGUAGUGGAUAAAGACGGUAUUCACGACAAAGGUAUGAUCUCCCCAGAGCCAGUCAAAGCAGCUUAAAGAAAUAUGGAUUUGUUUAUACAACUUUUUCCCGCCAGGUGUUUUGUAAAUGGUUGAAUGAAAAGCACAUGAAUGUAUCUUUUAGUUAUUUUUCUCUCUAACAUAAGAACACAAGUGUCAUUAUGCAUUUUAUUUUCAGUUGUGCAGAACCUGGAUAAUUUUGUCAUUCAAAUAAAAUAUGUAUUAAAAAAAGUUUUGUUUUUUUUUCUUCUUAAAACUUCACUACUUGAUAAAUAAAUUUAAGACACAUGGAUUUUAAGAUUUUUUAAUAAGGUUACAUAUAAGUAAUAUAAGUAUUAUGAGCAAAUUAAGUUUUUGUCUCCAAAUUCAACCAUCAUUUCUUACAUUUGUAUACAUUAAUUGAAAAGUUCUCAAUAAUUAUGUCAGACUAAUACUAAAAUUGACAUUUUAAAAUCUGGGGGUGUCCAAGGCAUUUCUCUAGUUAAUCCAGAGAUGUAUGGUCUCAUUACAAAGAUCUAACAUAUAAAGGCAAGUGGUUACUUCGUUUUCACACAUAAAGAUAUGAUAAAUGGAUUUGAGAAAGACACAUAAGGAAUAUAUAACUUUUUAAAAUCUCAUAGUCAUUACACUGCAAAAAAUUCCAUCAUGCUUGCAAUGGAUGCCAUUAUUUAACAACAUUUAACAGAAAUUACUACAAAACCAAUUUUUAUGAAGGAAUGUUGUUUGAUCAGAUGUAUGUUUGAAAUAAAAUUUGUUCAGUAUAGAUAUUUUUAAAAAAUUGAAGGGAAAUGAGAAUAUGUAAACUUUUUAAUAAAAAUAUUUUGGUGUUUUUUUCCCCCAUUAUUUUCAUUUUUGAAUAAAUGUCUGAACAAACUUUCUGUGGACUAAAUUCCCAUCAAACAUUAAUUUAAACAAAUUGUUAUCAUAUCAAUACUAAUUUCUAGAUACAUCUUAAAACAAAAAUUCAUUAAAAAAUUUUAAAAAAAAAAUGGAAUAGGAUGUUAUUCAUUACUGUGCCGGUAUCAUUAAUAAACUCUUGAUAUCAAACUCUAAAUAAAAUGAAGUACAAAGCAGUAAAGCACAGAGCAGCAGCUACCACAUCAACAUGGUUAAUGCUAAAUUACUGGACACUGCUAGUAUUUAAAAAAACAAAAAACUUUAUGAAUUAUAAGUUGAUGAGUUAUAGUAAGCUUAGGGCAAGGAAAAAAAAUGACUUGAGAAAAACAGUACAUAAUAAACAUUUCAUUUAACAGAAUUAGUUUAGGAAAAAUAAUGUAACACCAGUGCAUUUCCAUAUUGUAAUAUUGGG